AUGGCCUCCCCUGUGGCCGGUGACUGCGAUCUGCAGUCCCCAUGGGGUCAGUGACCGCGAUCUGCACUGUCUGAGAUCGCAGUGACAGGCUGUCACUGCGAUCUCAGAGCGCUCUGAUCGCAGUGACAGCCUGUCACUGCGAUCAUUGUUACAUGUGUCAGCCUAAUGGCUGACACAUGUAACAGACGCAAUGAUCCCCCUGCAGAUUGGUAGGGGGGAGUGCUUGUACCACCCAGGCACUCCCCCUGUGGUCAAUUACCCAAUCUGCAGGAGGUGAUCACAGUGACAGGCAGUCACUGUGAUCACUGAUCCUGUGUGUCAGCCAGUGAUGUGAAAUCACUGUCUGACACUGUCUCUGCCCCUCUCCAGUAAUAAAAAUAAAAUAUUAGUUAAAAAAAAAAUACAGUUACAAAUAAAAUAUACUUAGAUCAUAUCUAUUAUAUAUAUAUAUACACACACACACACACACACACACACACAUUUACACAUACAUGAAGUGUAUUUAAUUAUUAAUAUAUAUAAUUAUUUAUAUAUACAUAUAUAUUACUAUCAAAUUACACGUAGACUGAUACUGAUUAUAUAUAUAUAUAUAUAUAUCUAUAUAUAUAUAAUUAUUGUUAUAUAUAUAUAUAUAUUUAUAUAUAAUAUAAAAAAAUGUAAAUACGUAAAAAAAAUAAAAUUAAAAAAUAAUUAAAAAUAAAUAAUUAAAAAAUAUAUAGAUGUUUGUUAUUUAGUUCUAACUGUAUUGUGAUAUUAAUAUAUAUAUAUAUAUUUAUAUCAAAAUACACGUAGAACGAAAUAAUAUAUAUAUCUAUAUACAUAAAUAUAUACGUAUAUAUCACUAUAUAUAUAUAUAUAUAUAUAUAUACCUAUAUAUAAAUAAAAAUAUUUAAAAAAAUUAAAUAUAUAUAAAGAAAAAGUGAACUUGGCACUCACCCUUUGUUGAAAAAUAUCAAAAGAUUCUUGCCUGGGUGCCCACCUCUGGCAUUGAUAAAUACGAAGAAUAUGUAUAAGGUGCACUCAUAGGUCUUUAAAUAAGUGAUAAGUUUAUUCCAACGUGCAAAUUACAUAUGCCACAAAAUUUAUGAUGAUCGACGUUUCGACCCACAAUCUUGAAAAAGGCCCUUUGUGGGUCGAAACGUCGAUCAUCAUAAAUUUUGUGGCAUAUGUAAUUUGCACGUUGGAAUAAACUUAUCACUUAUUUAAAGACCUAUGAGUGCACCUUAUACAUAUUCUUCGUAUAUAUAUAUAUAUAUAUAUAUAUAUAUAUAUAUAUAUAUAUAUAUAUAUAUAUAUAUAUAUAUAUAUAUAUAUAUAUACACACGUAUAUACAUAUAUGUAUAUAUAUAUAUAUAUAUAUAUAUUAAUUCUACACAUAUAUUUAUGUAAUAUUUUUACAUAAUUAGGUAUCCUAAUUAAUUACAAUUAGUGGGACCUGCCUGACAACCCAUGCCGAAAGUAUAUGGAAUUUAAUUUGCUAGCACUAUAUUUAACCCUAUAACUGUCCAAGACACCAUAAAACCUGUACAUGGGGGGUACUGUUUUACUCGGGAGACUUCGCUGAACACAAAUAUUAGUGUUUCAAAACAGUAAAAUGUAUUACAACGAUGAUAUCGCCAGUAAAAGUGAAGUUUUUUGCAUUUUUCACGCACAAACAGCACUUACACGGACGAUAUUAUUGCUGUGAUACUUUUACUGUUUUGAAAUAUUUGUGUUCAGCGAAGUCUCCCGAGUACAACAGUACCCCUCAUGUACAGGUUUUAUGGUGUUUUCAAUAGUUACAGCGUCAAAUAUAAGGCUUGCGUUUCAUUUUUUUCACAUUAAAAUUCGCCAGAUUGCUUACGUUGCCUUUGUGACCCUAUGGUAGCCCAAGAAUGAAAAUUACCCAUAUGAUGGCAUACCAUUUGCAAUAGUAAACAACCCAAGGUAUUGCAAAUGGGGUAUGUCCAGUCGUUUUUUAGUAGCCACUUAGUCACAAACACUGGCCAAAAUUGGACCAAAUGGCUACUAAAAAAGACUGGACAUACCCCAUUUGCAAUACCUUGGGUUGUUUACUAUUGCAAAUGGUAUGCCAUUAUGGGUGUAAAUUUAAUUCCUGGGCUACUAUACAGUCUCAAAGGCAACGUAACCAAUCUGGCGAAUUUCAAUUUCAAAUGUAACGUGCCAUAUUUGACCCUGUAACUUCCCAAAACGCCAUAAAACCUGUACAUAGGGGGUACUGUUUUACACGUGAGACUUUACUGAAUACAAAUAUGUGUAUUUUAUUGCAGUAAAAGCAAACAGUAUUAUGAGAUUGACAGUUAAAAUGUCAUGUAGAACUAAAAAAAUAACAAAAUUUCUUAUUUUCUCCCAUUUAUUUCAUAUUAAAUUAUGUUUCAUAGCUAAAUAUUUGAUGCUAAAUGAAAGCCCUGUUUCCCCUGAAUAAAAUGAUAUAUAAUAAGGGUGGGUGCAUUUAAUAUGAAAGAGGUGAAUUACGGUUGGACAGACAUGUAGCGCAAAUGCCAGGUUUUACGUUUUGUUUUGUUCACAACGUGUACAUUUGGCUCCGUCCUUAAGGGGUUACACAAAAAUAAAAUACAAACCACUCCAAGUAACUCCUGGUUUUCUAACUCCUACUUGAAAGAGUCUACUUAAUAGAUUCUGCUUUCAAGUAAUGUUGCCAUUGUCUACUACUUUUAGCUUAAUGGUGCUUGUAGGAGCAAGUGAAGAAGCAAGCAGCUGAAGGGAGAAUAGCGAUUAGAAGAUUGUUUUUUUUUUUUUCCUCUUGAGUUGAGUCUUGUGAUGUGGCUACACCUGCUGCCUAAGCAGAUACAGUUGGUAGAAGCUGAUGAUAGGGCACUGUGUUUUUCCCACACUAGAAGACGGUCACUGAUGCUACAUACUGGAUGUCUGAGAAAAUGUUGUUUUUCUUAGGGUGGAAGGAGUGAGUGGGUCAUCCACUACCCACUGAAUUUUCAUUUUCAGUCUUUUAAUAAAUCCCCAAUUUUGAGCUCAAAAUGAGUCCUGCAACCCAUUUUUCAUUUAUACAAGACUGCAAAAGGAAAAAUAUCAAUCAUUCUAAAUAGUUAUUUUAUGUCCCAUUUGUUUUAUCCAGAUUUAUAAUAAUGUAAUUUGUCAACUCAGAAUUGCCUUUACAAAAAUGGCUGAUAUUGCGUAGCCAUCAAGCCGAGUAAUAUUGUAGCCGUUUUUAUCAGCACAAUCAUAAUCACCUUUUAACCCUAAGUUUUCACUGCUCUAAUGACCUUCACAAUUUUGUUCCGUGCUGAAAUUCAGCCAAGCCAAACAUGAACUAUAUUCUGCCGACAGCUCUCCCACAACAAUACCAGUGUUCAGAAGAAACAAAACUUUUAUUCUUUUUGAUUUUUUUUGUACUAUAUAUCUUUAAAUAGAUAAAGGAUUCAGUCACAGGUAUUUUGCGGUAGCUUGGGACGGACUCCAGUUUAAUGUGAAAACAAUAUUACAUGAUGGUAUUCAAUCAACAUUUCGACCCCAGAGGGACUCUUUUUUUAAACAACAAUAACAGCCAAAAAAUCAGUCACUAUAUAGUAGUGAUGUCCCAGACGGUUCGCCAGCACAAUCAGAUAUUAAUGGGACUACCAAAUUGUCUUACGUGCUAAAAUGGGAGGAAGAAUUGGAAAUAAGCUUACCAAUGACAGAGUGGGAAACGGCCAUAAAAUACACCAACAAUCCUGAAAAUGUGUCACGCACUGGGAAGCGUAUUUCAAAAUACUGAUAAGAUGGUACAUGACCCCUAACAGACUCGGCAAAAUAUAUCCUGGCUUAAUUUCAAACUGCUGGAGAUGUACAAAGUAGAAGAGCACUUUGAAACACAUAUUCUGGGAAUGCACAAAUCUACAAACCUAUUGGCUACACCUACAACAACUAAUUUACACAAUCAGCGGACUAACACUCCCACUUUUACCAGCUUCUUAUCUUUUACAUUUAAUUCCUGAUCUGGGAAAUAUACCCUCAAGAGCAGCAGUGCUAAAUAUUCUUUUGGCAGCUAAAACUAGCUUAGCCGCCCAUUGGAAAAGUGAUUCCGUUCCCACCAUUCCAGAAGUAAUAAACAGAGUCAAUGCCACAUUCAACCGUGAAAAAGAAUGGGCAAAGAGAGGGGAUAUGCUCAAGUUCCUAGAUCAUUGGAACAACUGGGAAUCUUUCACACUAACUAACCAUUGACCCCAUAUAUUUACACGGUCAUUCAAAAUAUAUAUCAAUGUACUUACUGAUUUUGGCAAAUAACCAUGGGACCCAACUCUGUUCCCCCCUAUACCCCUCCCCACACACCCUACUUAUAUCUACUACCUGUCAGACAUCAUUGUUAAGCAAUUCUUUAACCCAUCCCCAAUUUCCAAGUUGGCAAGUAAUAUGUCAGGCAUCAAAGAUAACAAGAGAAUAGAACCGUUCAACUAGUGUGGGUUGCAUAUAGAAUCUGAAUGUACAAAACUUACCCUCUAUGAAAUUUCAUUAUAACCUAAGGUCACACACACAAUCGACAAUAGGGUAUUUGGUCAUCAGACCAUAUCAGUGACGAAUUGAUAAAGAGUUAUGACCUUAAAAAUAGGUUCUUAAGUAUAGAAGCAUAUAAUGGUUUAGCUUAUGUCAAACACCCACGCAUCUUGUAAGACCAAACUUUUGAUAACAGAAGCGUAUAUCUGCAAAUACAACUAGUUAAGUACUUUAAUGUAAUUAUGCUUCCCAGUAUAACAGAGUUAUCUACUGUCAGUGACGUAUUGUGAUUGCAAAAAUCCCUUAUGAUGUUUGUCGUUAUACAUAUAUAACAAUAAAAAUGAUAUAUUGAAAAAAAAAUGAUACUCUGUUUGGUUAAGGAAUCCUCGGCAUUCUUGAAUAUUACCAUCAAAAUGCAGGGGAGGAGAUAGAGAGACAGUAGGUGCCUUGUGUAGUAUAGGUGGAGGUACACUAAGCGGAGGUGAGACAGUAAGAGAAGCCGCAGGUUGCAGAUGCGCUGUUCGGGUGAGAAGCGUAUUGAAGGCCUGGGCAAAUUGAUCCAUGCGGUGAUCAUUCUCCUCUAGUUUCCUUUCGCAAGCAGCUAUGUGCUGACACAAUUAUACGGCCACGUCGUAAUGUCAGGAUUACUAUAUGAUCCAGCACGUAGUAUUGUGUCACACAGAUGACUAAUGGGUAACGUAUUACCGGACCUUAGAAUGGCCGGACUAACAUACUAAAGAAUAGUCAGGAUAAUAGUCGAGGUCAGGGGACACAGAAAGAGACACAAUGAUAAAGGAAAGCCAGAGGUCAGGGAUACCAGAAUACAGGGAAGUCAAAAUCAAAGCCAAAGUCAAAAACCAGAAUAAACUUGAAUCAGGAACGCGCUCUGACAACCACUAGGGAAACCACGACAGGGCAAUGAUUUACCUUUCUGAUUGGCCGAGAUCGCUCUUUGACCCCAAAACGUGCGUCGUCAAUCACGUCUGUGGAUGUGGGAGUAUAAUUAGCCAUGGCUCCGCAGUGGCCGGCGUCCAUUAACAUGCCGCAAGUGUUAGUCAUGCAGAAGCACGUCCACUGACCGCAAGAUGAGGAAGAAUAUGUUACACAUGACACUCCCCAUAGGCACAUUAGAAUGCCCCAACCUGCUAUCAGUUUCCAAUGACCCUCUCAUGGUUGACACCCUGAUUGACAAAGAAGUACACAAAGGAUUCAUGAUGGGUCCAUUUUCCUCCCCUCCUUUUUAAUUGUGGCGUACGAAUCCCAUUGGGUAUUGAUUUUAGCAAAUACUCCAAUAAAAAACUUAUGAUCAAACUUAUGAUUAUGUGGCAAACGUGCCUAUGAAACAAGCUCCUGGAGGAGCCUGCUAGCUAGCCUCCUGCCAAAGGACUGUGGACCAUGUCCAUAACCCUGUUCAGGAAUUAGCCUGCCUGGCCUCCCCAAGAGACUUUUCCCCGAUUCCCCUGGUUCAGCACUUUCCCUCUCUUUGCAUUCAGCCGAACGCUGGCUCCAUUGUGGCCAUUCGCACGGACCAAAACUGCGAACAGACUUCAGGGGUACUUAGCCGCAAUCGCCUGGAACUAUUUUUGGGAUGAGUACUUUGCAGUUCCUGGUCGGUCCCCAGCGGUACUUAGCCGCGAUUGUUAUGGAACUAUUUUCGGCUAGGGGAGUGUGCGGUUCAACUUGGUCUGGUAAUUUCAACCACUUUGCACACCGCCAGGAGAGCGCUUUUUGGAGGGAAGGUACCUGAGACUGCCUGAGAGCCAGGCAGAGAACCCAGUAGUUAACAUACCAGAGCCCCAGGAAGAGACCGCAAGACCCCUGCCAAGCUCUGGCAGCUAGAGGCUGGAGUGCUGCUGGUGUCCAGGUGAGAGCUAGGAAACUUGACAGAGGUACCCAGCCAGGGUACCAGGUGGUCCAUCACAGUAGCCUUAUCUGCUCCUCAUUUGUCAAUCACCCCAAACUUAAAUUCCCUCAUUCCAUCCUUUGAAUUUUCUCUACACUAUGCCACUGUAGAUAAUGCCAGACAAGCAAUCUUAAAAGCUGGUAGAGCUGUGUGGUUAAGUAAAACAGAUGUCACCAAUGCUUUUAAGUUGCUACCUAUUCAUCCCUCUUUAUGGCAUAUUCAUGGUAUUACGUGGAGAAAAAAAUAUUAUUUUGCUACUAGACUCACGUUGUGCGCUAAAAGUAUUCCAAACAUCUUUGACACAUUUCCCGAGACUUUAUGCUGGCUUCUCCUCAACAUUGCCAGCUGCCCCACAGUGAUACAUUAUUUGGACAAUUUUCUGUUGGUGGAAGAUAGUAGAAACACACCCCUGAGCUUAAAGAGCACAACUGCACUAUUUUCUAUACUUGCCAUUCCAUUUUCACCCGACAAGACCAAUUAAUGCAGUCAUAUCUUCCUGAGGAUAAACUCCAUUGUAUUUGCGAAGAAUUAGACAAGUUCCUGAAUUUACAAGUUUGUACGCGCAAGGAUCUUCGAUCUUUACUGGGUUCCUUGAACUUUGUGAUGUGCGUUAUUCCACAAGGAAGAUCAUUUCUAUCCAGACUGCUAUGCCUCCUACAAGGCCUCUUAGACAUCAGCAUUAUUUGUCUAGACCCACCUGCUAGGGCAGACCUGACCAUGUUGCAAGAUUUCCUUGCACACUGGAAUGAUAUAUCAAUGUUUAUUCCCCCAGUGUCCGACCAAUCUCCGGUUUUCUGGACUGAUGCAGCUGCUAACACUGGGUUUGCUGCAAUUUAUAACUACUAUUGGUUAAGGAACAACUGGCCUAAAGAAACAAUGGAGUUAACUUCCUUUCUGAAAAAUUUGGCUUUAUUCUAAAUUUACCCCAUAGUGGGGAAAUCGUUGGUCCUGUAUGGCUGUCAAAUGUUAUACAGACAACAUGGUAGCUUGCAAAAUAAUCAAUAAGGGUCGGUCAUCAUCCCUGACCAUUAUGAAAUUGAUUUGAAGGUUGACUUGGUUAGCAGCCACUUACAAGUUUUUCCUUGUCUGUGCGCAUGUACCAGGUUGCAAUAAUUCUGCUGCUGAUGCAUUGUCCUGUUGUAAAUUGCAGGAAUUCUUCCUUCAACAUUCUACUUCCAAUAGAUACCCAAACUGCACCUCGAAUUCCACAGUCUAAUCCUGGAUUGACCAGAUUAUUGGCCCACGGCAGAACAUAUCACAAGUGGCCUUAUCCACAAAUACUCUAAAAACAUACAACAGAGCAACAAUGACCAUUUCAAUCAGUUCUCAGUGGAAUUUAACACUUUUUCUGUUCAAAUCAUGGUAGCUUUUUCCGUAAUUUUCCACCUUCACCUCAAACUAUCAUACAAUACCACCAAAUUUUAUUUAACAGGUGUAUAACAUUUCAUAAUGACCACCAUGCUAAUCACAACCCUUUCCUAUCCUCAUAUCCGAUAAAAAAAACAUUCUAAAUGGCAUCAAUAAAGUUGAUGUAGGGUAAUAACUGCUUGAUCCAAGGAUAAAUCUGACUGCCAUUCUGGGGUCAAGAAGGAAUUUGUUUCCUAGCUUGUUGCAAAAUUGUGCUUCAAACUGGGUUUUUUUGCCUUCUUUUGGAUCAACAGCAAAAAACAAAUGUGAGGAAGGCUGAAUUUGAUGGACGCACGCAAGUCUCUUUUCAGCUAUGUAACUAUGUACUAUGUACUAUAAUAAAGUAGAACAUCCCACUACUCAGAAAUGGUUACCUAUAGACAGAAAAAAAAUCUGAGCCUUAUCAAAUAUUCUGGACACCUAACCAUUCGACCCUUGAACAAAUAUGGUCAUAAAAACGGCUAUUUAUAUUGCCUUCUACAGGUUUUCAAGACCUACAGAGUUCGUGGUUGUAGCCAUUUGUGUCUCAUCAUCAAAGACAUAAAAAAGUAAAAAAUCAUUAUAUACUAUUAUUAAGACAUUCCAAAUCUAACCAUCCUUUAGAAAUCCCCUUCUACCCUACCAAGAAUAAUUGAUGCCCUGUUAAAGUCCUGGACGCAUAUCUACACAACAUCAGAGACAAAUCACCAGAGGUACCACUACUCACACUACAAGGUUGGGCAGACUAGAUAGGCCGAAUGGUUCUUAUCUGCCGUCACAUUCUAUGUUUCUAUGUCCUCUCACCACUCCUAAAUUCAUGUUCUAUGUCAGAACUCUAUGCAUUAGAUUUGGUUUUAAUCCAGCCUCAUACUCAGGACACUCAUUUAGAAUCGGAACUGCAUAAACUGCAUCCAGUACCAACACACCUGUUCAUAUCAUUAUAAGAUUAGGUAAUUGGAAAUCAGCUGUAUGUAAUGGGUAUAUUCCUCAACCAGAGAAAGAAUUAAGGAAAGGAUUUAAAAAUCUUGUAUUGUAAACAUAAGCAAUAAUGUUUUUUUUUGUUUUUUUUCUGCAUUCCUUUUUGCCCUCUUUUAUUACAGGCCUACCAGUACAUCGGUUUCGGCUACCACUACCGACUUGUUCCAUUAAUAAGGUUAUUACAUGGCUUAAAUGUUACCGACUACAAGUUUAACCCCUUAAGGACACAUGACAUGUGUGACAUGUCAUGAUUCCCUUUUAUUCCAGAAGUUUGGUCCUUAAGAGGUUAAAGGCCAAAGGCCUGUAUUUGUGGGAGGAGUUAGCAUUCCUAUAAAAACCCAAUACACCCUGCUUACCCUUGCCAUGCCGUUCAGUUCAUCCCAUCCACCUCACCCUUCUCCUUUACAUUCAUUCUACCUGGGGAGCCCUCUUAUAUUACAGGCCUACCCUUUCGUUGGUAAUGGCACAAAACUACUGACUUGUUGCAUUGGUUAUUGCAUGGUUAUUGGGCGAAUUAAGUGAGCCCUGCCCAGAGUUAAGAUGCUGUAAUAAAUCUAAAUAGCAUUUUACUUUAAAACACUUGGUAAAAGUAUGGCAUUUUUGUAAAUUGAGUAGUAAAGAGUAUAUGACUAAUAAUUAAUAUGUGACUGGUUAAAUGAUCUUUAGAGAUGUUGGAAACAGGAAUUUGAUUAGAAAGAUCAAAUUGCAAAAAAUAUAUGCCUGUCACAUAUUUUAUUUCUGUCCUUAGAACAAAAAAAAGGCCAGGACUUACAAGGAACAUCACAUAAAUCAAAACAUCCACCACGAUCCACAAAAUCUGAACUGGUACGUCAGUUUUUCUCUUCAACUACAGAGCUAUAUUAUGUGCAUUAUAUAUUUUAUAUGCUAAUAUCUAUUUGUAGCUUUUUGUUCUUAAAUAAACACUUCAAACACUAUAACCACUAAAGCCUUCUGCUACUGUUUAAAGGGACACUAUAGUCGCCUGAACAACUUUAGCUUAAUGAAGCAGUUUUGGUGUAUAGAACAUGCCCCUGCAGCAUCACUGCUCAAUCCUCUGCCAUUUAGGAGUUAAAUCCCUUUGUUUAUGAACCCUAGUCACACCUCCCUGCAUGUGACUUGCACAGCCUUCCAUAAACACUUCCUGUAAAGAGAGCCCUAUUUAUGCUUUCUUUAUUGCAAGUUCUGUUUUAUUAAGAUUUUCUUAUCCCCUGGUAUGUUAAUAGCUUGCUAGACCCUGCAAGGGCCUCCUGUAUGUGAUUAAAGUUCAAUUUAGAGAUUAAGAUACAAUUAUUUAAGGUAAAUUACAUCUGUUUGAAAGUGAAACCAGUUUUUUUUUUUCAUGCAGGCUGUCAAUCAUAGCCAGGGGAGGUGUGGCUAGGGCUGCAUAAACAGAAACAAAGUGAUUUAACUCCUAAAUGACAGUGAAUUGAGCAGUGAAAUUGCAGGGGAAUGAUCUAUACACUAAAACUGCUUUAUUUAGCUAAAGUAAUUUAGGUGACUAUAGUGUUCCUUUAAGAAGUCAGUUUGUUUAAGAACAGUUUGAUGGCUGGCUAGCAAGUGCUGCCCCAUGGUUUCCUGCUUCCAGAUUUUGCUGAAAUAAAAACACAGUUAACUCCACUAUGCUAUACAGGGCAUUUCAGGGCACCUCUUAUUGGUUGAGAGGAUCUGCUAAACAAUUUCAGUCAAUGAGCACAGUUGUGUAUUGCAGGGCACCCAACAAGCAAUGAUAUAUAGAAAAAAUAGGAGUAAUAAAGUGCAUAUACAGAACAGUGUCACUUUCCCCUACAAAGCAUACCACAGUCAGUUUGCCCAUUGAACAUUUGCCAAGCCAGCCAUUAAAGGAACACUAUAGGGUCCGGAACACAAACAUGUAUUCCUGACCCUAUAGUGUUAAAACCACCUGUUAGGUGGCUUGCCCCUCCCCCCCCUCCCUUAGCCCUCUUAGAAGGGGUUAAAAAAUAUCUUAUUUCCGUCAGUACUGGCCCUGCCUGAUCCACCUCUUUGUGACAUCAUCAGAAUUUAAGAUUUUUAGCCAAUCCAAUGCUUUCCCUAUUGAUGAGUGACCACUAGAGGUGUCCCUAGUGUUCAAUGUAAACACUGCUUUUUCUCUGUAAAGGCAGAUUGCAUGAAAAUGUCUGAAGGGAAUGAUUAUACUUAACAGAACAAACAGCUGUAGUUGUUCUGGUGACUAUAGUGUCCCUUUAAUUAAUACCACAGUCAGUGUGCUCAUUAAUAAAUACCAGUAGCUUGUCUGUGUGUUCAGACCAGUCCUUCUAUCCUUCACUGCCCUCGUCCAUCAAUAAGCCUUGUGUGCUCAUGACCUUGAUGCUGCUUCACUGGUUGUCCUUCCUUGCAACGAGACAGGUGGUGAGCCUGUGUAUGGGGUGUUUGACAGUAUGUGUUUGAGGGGGGAGGUGACUAUGUGUAUGUGUGGGGGGAAGGUAACUGAGUGCGUGGGGGGGUUGACAGUUUGUGUUUGUGGGGGAGAGACAGUAUGUGUGUGGGGAGGUGACAGUAUGUGGCCAUGAAUUGGGUCAGUGGGUAGACUGUGACCUGACCACUUCCCAUUGUAUAAAUGUUAAGCCCUCAACCAAUGCCCAGGGAUGGAGGCACAGGAGGGACCUGUGUCAGCCACCCCUUUCACCCUAUUUUUUAUAGACCCCAUCGCUAGUACUUUAACCAAAGCCAACCAGAAUUUUUAUGUAAAUCUAAAAAUUGCCAUUAAUUUUCACCAAAUUGUGUCCAUCUGGACAAAAUCAGGUAUUGAGGAAAUAAACCCCUCAAUAAUCUCAGCUACUGAAGCAUACAGUCCCAAGUAUAUUAAAAAAAGGUGCUUUGCAAAUAUUCUGGAUUCUAUAAUUUGUACAGGUUUCAGAUGCUUUAAGCAUUGAUUUCAAAUCUGAUCUCGAAUGCAUCCAGCCGAAUUAUGUAGAUGCCUUGCCUUGACCAAAUUAAAGGAUUUAGAAUUGGCUUUAGUGAAUAUGAAGAUUAUAAUAUUGGACACUGAAUUUUGUUUUAGAAUUUUUGACAAAAUUUAGUUUAGUGAAUAACCUGACAGUGUCAUAUUCCUGCAUUUGUAGCUUCACAGGGCUUCUUCUGCACUUGGAAAACACUGAAUAAAGUAAUGUGCUGGGGGGCUUGGAAGUGGAAGUCCUAAAUCCACCAAUGACCAGACAUAUAGAUUUGGGACUAAACGGCCCCACAUUCAAGGUUGUAGACCUCUAAGCAAUUAACCUGCUUGCAAAUAAUUCCUAAUUUAAAUUUUAUUUUAGCCAGUUACCAGUGAGUCACCAGUCACCUCCUUCCUAAAGCACCGGAUUAUUAUCUUCUCGAGGUGCCAAGAGAGCUAUUACCAGUGGUUGAGGAAUAAGCUGAAGGACAAAGAAUUUGGCAAUUUGGUGGAUGAAGUCUGUGCUGUAAAUAUUACAAAUAUAUAUUCAGAGUUUAUUAAAGAGAUCCCGAAGUGCACGUUUGCUAUUUUGUAUCACACUACUAAAUUUGGACGUGUAAAUAUUACUAAUGUCACAGACGCAUUGUAUGACAAGGAGCUACAGGAUCUAUCGCAUCAUCUUGGUGAGAAGAUAUAUAAUAUAUUAACCAGUUAAUGUAUCAAUCAUAUAAUUUAAAUGCAUGCUAUGUUUAACAGUGACCAAAAGUUUCCUAAUUUACUGUUUUAUUUUUUAUUUAUUAAUUUAUUUUCAAAGUUUAAUUUUAUUGUUUUUAUGGGAACUUUAUUAAGUUUGUGUGCAUAUAUAUGCAAUAUAUACACACAGACAUACAGACAGACAUUAAAAAUACGCACACAGACAGACAUACAGAAACACAGACAGACAUACACACACAUACAGACACACACACACACACAUACAGACAUACAUACGCACACAUACAGACACACAUACAGAUAUACACACACUCACAGAAACACAGACAGACACACACAAAUACAGACACACAGACAGACAGACACACACACACAGCAAGACAUACAGACAAACAUACACACACCCACAUACAGACACACGUGCAUUUCCCUGGGGUCCAGUGGUGGCUCAGGCUGAUGGGAGUCAGAGUUCCCACUCUGACUCCCUCUCCUUCCUCCUGCCUGGCUCCCUGUGGUUGCUGGGAGGAAGUGUCCGGGGCAGUCACUUCCUCCCAGCCUCUGACCUCAUCAGAGGGGGCCCGGUUGCAAUGUUAAAGCGCUGACCGGGCCCCCUGGAAUUACAUAGCAUCAGGUGGCCAUAACAGCAUGGGCCACCCGAUGGACCCCGUCAAUGCGGCCCCGGCAGUUACACCGCGUGGACCGGGGCAGCAUUACUCAGCUGGCGGGACCCGCGGUCUCAGGGGUCCGCAGGGCAGCCAGGCCCCCUGAAGUGAUAGGCCCAGUCGCAACUGCGACCCCGGUAGUUCCUCCACUGUUCCUGUACCCGGCCGGACUGAAAGGAAGUGCUCACUAAAAGAGUACCUUCUGUCAGUCCGGCCAGGUACAGGAGACUGAAUCUCCUGUACCGCGAUGCGCACUGCUCCGCUUGGCCACGCUACCAGGAGACGCACUGGGGAGCGGGGACCAAGGAGGAGAGAGACACACUGGGGACCAAGGAGGGGAGAGAGGGAGGGGCACUAAGGGAUGGGGGGACGCUAUGGGAUGGGGGGAUGUUAAGGAUCACUAUGGGACGGGGGUGGUGGAACACUAUGGGAAAGGGGGUGGGGGUGGUAAGGAACACUAUGUAAGAGGGGUGGUAAGGAACACUAUGGGACAGGGGAGGGGCAGGAAAGUAAACUAUAGGAUACGGAAGGGGGUGAAAAACACUAUGGGACAGGGGAGGGGGGAAAAGAAAACUAUGGGAUAUGGAAAGGGGGUGAAAAACACUAUGGGACAGGGAAGGGGGGUGAAAAAUACUAUGGGACAGGAGAGGGGGUGAAGAACACUAUGGGAUCUAGGAGGGGGAGAAAGAACACUAGGGGUGAUAGAGGAACAUUAAGGGAGGACACUAAGAUACAUGGGAGCGAAGGGAAAAGGAACAUUAAGGGGAAUGGGCGUGGCACUAAGAGACAGGUAAGGGGUGAUGGGAGGGAAUUCCUACCGCACAUAUUUACACAUAAACACACUGCAUCCACUACAAACACACACACAGAGACACACACACACACACACUGCAUCCACUACACAAACACAUUGCAUCCACUACUCACACUGCAUCCACUACACAGACAAGUACACUGCAUUCACUACACAAACACACACACUGCAUCCACUACACAAACACACACACUGCAUUUACAAAUUAAAUACUUUCACUGCAUCCAUUACACACAAACAUAUUAAUAUUCUUGAAAACAUAAAAAAUCUGACUGGCAUGUAUAUUUUCUGCAUUUACCACUUAAUAAAAAAAAAGAUUUGCAAAAAAAAAAAGGUACAAAUUGACAUUAGCAAAGAACAAUUGAAAGGAUUCUUCUCAUUUAGACUUUGAGGAGAUAGAGUAUUCAAAGUAAAGAUCCAAUGAGCUUCCCUGCAAAGUAAUUCAUUGUCCCUGUCAUCACCUCUCCUUAAAGGGGGGACAUGAUCAAUCCCUAUAAAUUUAAGGGAAGGUUGUUGGUGUCCUGUCUCAAAACAAAUGUCUAGCCACUGGUGAGGCAUUCUUGGGAUCCUUAUUGCCAUUCCUGAUGGAAGACCUGUGGUUAUGAAAUCUCUCCCUGAGGUCAUUUUUCGUUUUACCCAUAUUCACAAGUCCACAUGUAUCCAAUAAACCACAAACUCUGUAGUGCAAGUGAUAUAGUGACGUACCAUCCAGAAUGGGUUCUAUUUCUCAGACAUCUGUAAAAUCCAGUGUGUAUAAAAGCAUUAGAUAUGUUGCACUGAUAGAUUUGAUCAAGCUAUUUUGUAGGUUACAUAAUAACAUAGUCUGAAAAGAGGCUUGUGUCCAUCAAGUUCAGCCUUCCUCACAUUUGUUUUUUGCUGUUGAUCCAAAAGAAGGCAAACACACCCAGUGUGAAGCACUUCCAAUUUUACAACUAACUAGGAAAAAAAUCAGAGUUUGAAUCAGGAGUCAAGCGCAGCGAGGGAAAAAAGAUGAGUAAAUCACCUUUUUUUUAGCCCUAGCAGCGCUGGCCCUUAAUGGUUACAGCAUUAAAAAACGUUAUUUGCUAACGCUGUAUUGUUAGUUUGAUUUCUUUCUGGUCAGGCGUGUAGUUUUCUGCAGUUUUUUUUCUGACAGGUCAUUAAUUAGGGGCCUCAUUUUGAGUAUCCUGUCAUAAAAGGGGUAAUAUGCCCUGAGCACACUGUGCCCUGUCACUGAAAUGGAGGAUCCCAUAAAAAGCAGGAUAGUUAGUAUGCAGCCUUCAGGUUACAUUUAGAAGUGCCCAGUGUUCCUUUAGACCAUGGGUCGUCAACCUGUUCCCUACCGCCCACUAAUGGGCGUUUCAGGAUUCCAGGUGGGCGGUAGGGAUUUUCUCAUUUGGAGAGAUUGGGUGGGCGGGCAGGUGCGAGCCGGCGGUACCCCUGCAACCGGGUACCGCUAUCACCAUUUGCGGUCCCGGCCCGGGCGACAAACCGCCGGGGCCGCCGUCCAAGGGGUCCAUCGGAUGGCCCAUGCUGUCAGAGCCACCCGAUGGAUGUCGAUUGUGAGGGGGCCCGGUCAGCGCUGGGCGCUUUAACAGCGCGACCAGGCCCCCUGUGAUUACAUCACAGAGCUGGAAGGAAGUGACUGCAUGUCACUCCUCCCAGCUAACACACAGACCGCGUGGGAGGAAGACCAGGGAGUCAGAGUGGGAACUCUGACUCCCAUCCACCUGAGCCACCACUGGACCCCAGGGAAAGUCACCCUCCUCCACCUUAAAGGUAGGAAACAGGAGGGUGACUUAAAUAUAAUGUGUGUGUUUGUUUGUUUGUGUGUGUGUGUCUUUGUAUGUAUGUCUUAUGUGCAUCUGUAUGUGUGUGUAUGUGUCUUUGUAUGUAUGUGUGUCUUAUGUAUGUGUCUUUGUAUGUAUGUCUUGUGUGUGUGUGUAUGUGUGUCUUAUCUCUGUAUGUAUGUGUUGUGUGUCUUGUCUUUGUAUGUAUGUCUUGUGUGUGUGUAUGUGUGUUUUGUCUUUGUAUGUAUGUAUGUGUUGUUUCUUGUCUUUGUAUGUAUGUGUUGUGUGUGUAUGUGUCUUUGUAUGUAUGUGUGUCUUAUGUAUGUGUGUCUUGUUUCUGUGUGUAUGUGUGUGUCUUUGUAUGUAUGUUUGUAUGUAUGUGUCGUGUGUAUGUGUGCCUGUCUGUUUGUGUGUGUGUCUGUCUGUGUGUCUGUAUGUAUGUGUGUGCCUGUCUGUUUGUAUGUAUGUGUCUUUGUAUGUGUGUCUUGUGUGUGUGUCUUGUAUGUGUGCCUGUCUGUUAUAGUGGGCCUUUGUAAGUGGGCUACCUAGCUCAGCCUUCCUACUAGGCAUUGCUAUAAGUAAGUUUAAAAAAUAGAAAAAAGGGGGGGGAAAAAGGUGGGGAGGGGAAUUGAGGAGGAAGAGGAGGGGAGCUGACGCACAGAUGAGAAAUCAUAUUAUGCGCAAACAGAAAAGUCGUCUGAAUGUCACCGAAAAAGGAGACCUUCGUUUGUUCCUUACGAAAAUCGAACCAGAUAUCAAAUAUUUAGUCUCGCAGCAUCAACCUCAAGGAUCUCAUUAAUCACUAGUAAAGGUAAUUUAAAUUUACUUUAUUGUUUUCUCAUUAAACUUUAUAAAGUUAAAAACAUUAUAAACAUGCAUAAAGUAGAAAUAAAAAGAUAAAUGUACGUACAUUUAUUUUUUUUUAAACGCCCUCCAUUCUAAAAAAAUAUACUGCACUUGCACGACAACUGGUGGGCGGUAAGGAAAUUUUUCCAUCAAGAAAGAUGCAUUAGUGGGCGGUAGGUAGAAAAAGGUUGACUACCACUGGUUUAGACACAGUGGGGCAUUAUGAGCACCACUUUGUAGAUGGUUCUAUGCUGGGGCAGUAGAUAUGGGUGUAGACUCCCAAGGACUCCUUUCUUAUAAAUAAAUAACGGAGUUGCAACACCAAUAUUUUAUUAGAGGAGUUGUUUCUCAAGUCUGAGUGGAUUAAUGCACAUACAGCUUAAAUACCCAAUAACUGAACCCGAUUGAGAUGGACACCCCAAGGUGGAAUUACAUGAUGGCAUUUUUGAAUUAACUUUAGAUGUACAAAGGCACCGUGAUCAAAAGUGCAAUAGUACAAAAAAAAGUAAAUAAAUAAAAAAUACCAGUUACAAAAUUAAAUUACUCCUGUGGUUGCUCCACCUUUUUUCAAAUGCCUUUCAUUGUAGUGGUUUUACGCUGCCUAACUGAUUUUUGCGGUGCCUACUACCACUGGUACCUCUGUGAAUGCACUGUGUUUCUUUUCCACACUGAAGGGCGGCCACUCUCCCUACAGAAUGGAUGUGUGUAUUGAUACAAGCACUGGAAGGCAGGUACUAUGCAAGCAUGUGACUCACAUGGUGCAGGAGAAUGGUUAUCAGGGGUGGCUGCUGCACAGUUCUGAUUCCUCUUACUUUCCUCAUCGUUUCCUGUGUGCUAGGAGGAAGUACUCUGAUGUCACUUCCACCCAGCACCACUCCUAAGUAAGGGGGCCCCACAAGAAAUCUUCAACAUUAUCUGGUUGUGGGGGUAUACUUUUUCCUGACUAGACCUCGGCAAUGCACUUCUGCUUGAGCAUGACCACUACUGGAGUAAUGCCUGUACUCCCUGAUGGUGACCUUGUUUAUGUAUGUGCAAGCUAGCCAUUUCAUCCUAUCUUUAAAACUAGUGUUUUUCUUUCACUUGCUUUGUGGUUGAUUCCUUAUCUUUGCAUUAUCUGUGUGUCUCCUACAGGAAAGGAUAAAGUAAUUGUGGUUAUUGAUGACAUGAAGGUCACUAGCACUAAAGAGAAGGACAGGAUCCUGAAGAGCCAGCCCAGCAUCGGGACACUGACCAAAGAACUAUUCCUCUUUGAUGAGAACAAAAAUAAUUUAUCUAAACAAGUGACAUGUUUGAAGACAAUUCUGGGUGAGAAACUCAUCGCAAACACUGAAGCACUUUUGUAA